CUUCAUGCAAGUAAUUCGUGUUUGAAUCAGCCCUUCAACCAGUUCUAGUGAUUGCAUAUACAGAAGUGCUCUGUUCAAGCUGAUACUAAUUGUAAGUUAAGUGACUGUGCAGUCUAGGGCAGUCCACACCAAACGCUUCUCGCAGAAGGAGCUUAUUACAGCGUCUAUCAUACCCCUCUAGAGAUGGAGCUAAGAAAUGUGUUUCUACUUAUCGUCUCGGCCGCGGUCACGGUGAAAACCGUUAACAGUGCUAACAUUCUCUGCAUUCUGACUGUUCCGAGCCCGAGCCAUCACAUUUGGAAUCGCGUCUGGAUGGAAGCGCUGGUAGAGAGAGGGCAUAAUCUAACUACUAUCACAAUGGACAGCGACAAAUCGAAACAAAAUCUGUCGUACAUUCACAUGGAGUAUGUGUAUCCCGCACUUUUUGAAGACCAAGGAGUUGAUUACGUAGAGAUGUCCAAAGAAUCCGCUUUCAGGACGGUGUUCUCGUUUCUCGAUUUUUACACUAGUAUUUGUGAUGCUAUUCUUAAGUCAAAGGGUUUGAAUGAGAUUAUGUCCUAUCCAGAUCAGUUCAAAUUCGACUUGGUAAUUUAUGACUACGGCUGUGGCCCGUGCCUGUUACCACUCUUACACAAGUUCAACUACCCACCGCUACUAUCUCUCACACCGUUCAACAAUCCUCCCUACUCGGUAGAUGUCGUGGGAGGUCAUAAACAUUUUGCCUACACUCCGUACUUUGCGCUCAACUACGACACGAAGAUGAAUCUGGGGCAACGUGCGUACAAUACGUUGCUGUGUCUGCUCAGCUCGGCGUAUCGAAACUUCUACAUUAUGCCAAACGUAGAUCGAAUGGUUCGAACAUACUUCAACUACUCAGAUAUGCCAUACCUAGGCGAUUUGGAAACGCGUACCCAGAUCAUGCUAGUCAACACCCAUCCGGCCAUGGAUGCGUUGGAACCUCUACCCCCAAAUGUGAUCACUAUUGGUGGAGCUCACAUCAAAGAACCGGCUCCGCUGCCAGAAGACCUCGAGAAAUUCAUCCGUAGUAGCAAGAAAGGAGCCGUCCUGUUUUCACUGGGGUCCAACGUUCGAAGUGAUAAAAUAGGCGAACAUCGUCAGCGGAUGUUCAUCGAGGCGUUCCGACAGAUGCCACAUUAUCACUUUCUGUGGAAAUUUGAGUCAGAUCUCAAACUAGAUUUGCCACCAAAUGUCAUCAUCAAAAAGUGGAUGCCACAGAACAGUAUACUCGCUCAUCCGAACGUAAAAGCAUUUUUGACUCAUUCUGGAGGAUUGAGUACUCAAGAAGCUUCUUGGUUCGGUGUUCCACUAAUCGGAAUGCCAUUUUUCAUGGAUCAGAUCAGGAACUGUCACCGUUCGGUAAGUGCCGGAGUGGCGGAAGCUCUCGAUUUCCAAACACUGUCGGUUGAAAAAAUUCGCAACACAGUUUUGAAAGUGCUGGAAACCCCUAAAUAUAAGGAGAAUAUGAUGCGCCGAUCUAAAUUCCUGCAGGAUCAACCCGAGAAACCUCUGAAUCGGGCGAUAUGGUGGAUUGAAUACGUAAUUCGAAAUCCUGACCUAAAUCACAUGAAAUCGCCUACAUUGGAGUUGGGAACAAUAGGGUCGAACCUUUUGGAUGUGUAUGCAUUAUAUUUGCUCGUGAUAGUUAUCGGAUACAAAGUCAUAAAAUUUGGUUUCAAUUCUGUGUUCCAAAAACAGAGUAGCAAAAAAGCAGUUAAGCUUGAUUAAAUAUCAAUUUCCACCAAAA